AUGGAUGCUGUGAAACCGCAGAUUCCGGGCGCCAUAGAAACCGAAAUGGCGGUGGAGCUGGCCGAUUUCCCUUCCACUACAAGUCACGGCGUAGAGGCUUUGAAGGAUGUGGUAUAUGGAUCUACUGCUGGCAUUGCAGGAAAGUUUAUCGAAUAUCCCUUUGACACUGUCAAAGUACGCCUUCAAUCCCAACCAGAUGGCCUGCCACUACGAUACAAGGGUCCCAUCGAUUGCUUUCGCCAGUCCUUUCAGGCCGGUGGGAUCAAUGGACUCUAUCGGGGCAUCAGUGCCCCGCUCGUCGGAGCAGCGCUUGAAACAAGCAGCCUGUUCUUCAGCUAUCGUGUCACCCAGGAGCUUCUCAAGUCGACCCUGUACGCCUCUGUGCCCGAACUGCCUCAGUCCGCAUUGCUCGUCUGCGGUGCUACAGCAGGAGCAUUCACCUCCCUCCUCCUAACGCCCGUCGAACUCAUUAAGUGUAAGAUGCAAGUGCCUCCUGGUAGCAUCCAUCACAAGUCUCCAGGCCCUUUGUCUCUAAUUACAGCCGUCUUCCGUCAUGAUGGUUUGCUGGGAUUCUGGCGCGGGCAGAUGGGUACACUUAUUCGAGAAACGGGGGGGUCAGCUGCUUGGUUCGGGAGCUAUGAGGGUGUUUUAGCUUUCUUUAAACGGUACAACGCUUCCAAAGUAGCAACAGCAACAACGGCAGCAGACUUGAGCAGCGCCACCCCAGAUCCCAUAGUGUCAUCGUCAGCUUCCGAACCGCUAGCAGUUCACCAGCGUUUGCUUGCCGGCGCCGCAGCGGGGAUAAGCUACAAUUUCAUCUUCUACCCCGCGGACACCAUUAAGUCGCGCAUGCAGACGGAGGACGUCGGCCAUACAACCGUCAACUCCAGACGGCCCACCUUUUGGGCUGUGGGAAAGGCUCUCUGGAAGCAACAGGGUUUGGCCGGGCUAUACCGUGGCUGCGGCAUCACUUGUGCCCGUUCUGCACCCAGCUCUGCAUUCAUAUUCACGAUUUACGAAGCUUUGCGCCACUAUCUAUGA